AUGGCGGUCAUGACAGGAUGGAAGUGGAGAGCAGCACAGGCCAUGGAUGUUGCAGUUAAGGCACAGGUGCUGGUGGGCGCAGACUUGAUCCUCAGUGCUAAGGCAAGACAGAAGAGGCCACAGACACAAAAGAGAAGGAAGAGAGACUGGAUCCUUCCUCCUGCCAAGCUGCUAGAGAACACUGACUACACCCAAAGGGAAUUUAUUGCCAAGAUUCGCUCUGAUAAAGACAAAGAUACAGAGGUAGAGUAUUAUCUCUCUGGGCCAGGAGCUGACAAACCACCCUUCAACCUCUUUGUGGUAGACCACUACACUGGCUUUGUAUCCAUUACAGGUAUUUUGGACCGGGAGAAAUACCCAUCAUUCAAUCUAACAGGAAUUGCUAAAUACAAUAAUGGAACCUUAGCCGAAGACAACAUCCCACUGUCAGUUACAGUCCUGGACCUGAAUGAUAAUGCUCCGUAUUUUGAGCUGCAUACUGGGAACAUCACAGAAUCAAGCAAAACAGGAACCUUUGUAAUGCAGAUUGAGGGAAAGGAUGAUGACAAAGCUGGAACAAUUAAUUCAGAGAUCUCCUACAGCAUCGUCAGUCAGGAGCCAAAUGACGCAGGUCAUAUGUUCACUAUUGAUGAAAACACAGGCAAACUGUAUGUCCAACAGCCUACACUGGACAGAGAGACUUACAACUCCUACAAACUGGUUGUAAAGGGGACUGAUUUGGGUGGGGCAGCAGGAGGGCUAACAGGGACAGGAACUGUCGAGAUCAAGAUUCUGGACAUCAACGAUAAUAUCCCCACUCUGGAUAAAUCUGAGUACUCUGGUUCAGUGGAUGAAAAUGUUGGUGAUGUCGUCGUGAUGAGAAUCAAAGCUCUGGACAAAGACCUUGAAAACACAGACAACUGGGUGACUGUCUUUACAAUUGCAAAAGGAAAUGAAGAUAAUAUCUUCUCCAUUGAGACAGACAAAGAAAGUAAUGAGGGAAUCCUGAGGUUGAUUAAGCCUUUGGAUUUUGAAGAAGUCCAGAAUCUUAAUCUUGGCCUACUCAUUGAGAACGUAGCUCCUUUUGUGGAAGGUGGUGCUAUGCUGAUGGAUGUGGAUGUUCUGGUUGGAGAAGGCAGUCCUCUGGCUGCUGGUGUUGGUGCUGGCAUUGUCGUUGGUGCUGGUGUGAGUGCAAGGGUCGAGGUGGGAGGAGACAGUGAACUGGAAGGAGGUGGAGACAGUGAACUGGAAGGAGGUGGGGACAUAAGACCUAAUUCUGGGGCAGGUCUUGCUCCUGGACUUGCUGUUAUACCUGGUGUCAAAACAGGACCAGUGACAAAGCCACAUGCACCAACAAAAACUUAUGCUAUUAAGAUAGCAGUGAAUAAUGUGCCAGAGGGUCCAGUAUUCAUACCUGAUAUUAAGACUGUUCCUGUAUCAGAAGAUCAAAAAGAAGGUCCUGAGGAUGGUGUGAUCACAGUGUUUGCUGCUCUCGAUCCAGACACAGGAAUACCAGCUGCUGUGAUUAAACUCAACAAGGUACCAGACAGAGAGUCACCAUUCUUGGAGAAUGGCACCUACAUUGCCAAGAUUCUGGCAAUUACCAAAGACAUGCCAUCAAAGACAGCAACAGGAACACUAGCAAUUCAAGUAAUUGACUCCAAUGACCAUUGUCCCACACUCACCACCACGUACAGCAGUCUGUGUUCCAAUGAAA